AUGGAGCAUGAUGAAAGCGAGGUGACUUGCUUGGAAUCCUUAGCAAGGAAGAUCAGGAGGGCGGGAACUCGGCAGCAGUCCGGGUAUCUGGGACUCCGAAGCCCUUUGGCAGGCAGCAUCUGUCCGGUGGCAUCUUCCCCACGCAUUCUGGAUUCAGGCUCCUGCAGCAAGCAGCCAGGACAGCCGGCUGCACUGACUCCCUCCCCGCCUGCAGGCGUGAAGACCCCUCUGUGGAGGAAGGAGGUGGAGGAGCCCGAGGCCAGGGAGGAGGAGCUGGAGGACGAGACGUCGUCGUCUUCUUCGUCGUCGUCGUCGGAGGUGGAGAGGCCGGACCCCGAGAGCACGGCGGAGGUCGAGGAGGAUGGCGACUCGGGGGAGCGCGAGGCCCGCUCGGUGUCCUACAGCCCUCUGCGCCAGGAGCCGAGCAGCCAGCAGGUGGCGCUGCUGCGACGCUCGGACAGCAGCUUCUGGGGCUGGCUCAGCCCGUUCGCGCUUCUGGGUGGCCUUGCUGCGCCCGCGGACAGGAAGCGUGGUGCCCCGGAAGAACCGUGCGUGUUGGAGACGCGGCGGCGGCCACCGCGCCGCGGGGGCUGUGCGCGCUGCGAGAUCCUUUUCUGCAAGAAGUGCAAGAGCCUGCAUAGCCACCCAGCUUACAUUGAGCACUGUAUUCUGGAGCACCCUGACCCGAGUAAGGCGGAGGCCGCCGGGAGCUCUGAGCGCAUCCACUCCCAGCCUCCGCGCCCGCAAAGCUCUAAACUCUUCUAUCUCUAG